AUGGACGCCGAGGACCCCGUUGAAGUCUCAUAUGACGUCUUCCUCACUGAUUCACAAAUCUCGCGCUAUGUGUUCCAUACCCAGACCGUGAUAUCGAGGUCGGAGGCCCAUAUGACGAAAGCAGAGGGCAAAAGAAUCUUUUUCCUUUCACCCGUGUCUGCAGUGGUUCAAUUACGCCCUCAACUAAACCAUAUUGACGCUACUGAAGAGACUUCAAAAGCACGAAUUAUGCGAGGAAGAAAGGACUUCGACGAGGACGCCGCCAGAGAGCCUGAUGCCCGACCUGUUGAUGUCAAAAAAAUGCAGGACGAGCGAUGGGAUCCAUAUGGUUGGGUAGAUGCUGAGACCGAGGAGGCAUGGUAUACUUACGAAAAUUACAUGAUUCACAACGAACCCGACGAUCUCCCACAACUGGAAUCAGCUGUCGAUGGCGAAAUUGCACCGCCUGUGGACCCUGCUCAUCCAGCAAUGACUGGAUGGGCGAUGAAACAGAAUAGACAAAAGCAAAGGGAAGUGGCCGAAGCCGAGCAUCAAUAA